CUCAAGAAAUUUAUAUGGGAAAGAAUUAUCAACAAAAGCAUACAUGAACUCUCGAUAUCCAAUAGUUAUAAGUCGAGUCUUUGAUUUACCCUCGGAAAAACCUACUUUUACCUUAGAAUGUCCCCCUGAUAUUGAUUAUACAAAUAUUUUGGGCUUUAAUGAGAAAUUGAUGAAUGACGCAAAUAGAUAUACACUUUUAAAUAACUAUGAAAUAAUUCCUCAUGUAGAAGAAUUCAAACCACUUUUCGUAGAUAAUGAACUAUUUGAAUACAACCAAAAGGUUGAUAACAUAGGAAGAAAUGGAGAAGACAUUUUAACUGCUAUGCAAACAUUAUGGAAUGAAAUAAUGAAUAUUAAUAAAAAAAAUUAUAAUUUGUUAAAAGUAAAAUUACACGAAACAUUCCAUCAAUACAUGAUUCAAUGUAAUAUGCCAAAAAAAGCUUACGUUAAUAAAUGGAGACAAUGCUUAAAACUUAUUAAUCAAGGAGGACAUAACCUCGAAAAAAGAUUGAACAAACAAUUUUAUACUUGGUACAAUCAAAACAAAUUAUAUCUUGAAGAAUAUAGAAGAUUGACUGUUCUGAAUCAAAUAGUUUGGAAAGCACUCUCAAACCAAAUUGAAUAUUCCUGUAGAAAAAUAAUGACCAGCGAUAUUUCUUCAUUUAAACGUAUAAAUGAAUUGAAACGUUUAGAAGAGAAAGAAGAAAAAGAUGCUGAAGAAGAAAUGAAGAAAAGAGAACAGUUAAAGGAAAAAAAAAAAAGUAGACGCAGUAUAUGGUUUUCUUGUGGAGGAGAUAAACAAAAGAAUGAUACACAAGAACAUUCAUCGAAAAAUGUUAGAGAACACCAAAUAAAUGAAUAUGGAGAUAUAUUGCCAUCAUUAAGGGCCAGUAUUAAUAAUUCAGCUAUUAAUUAUUAUGAUACUGUAAAAUAUGCUGAUUACUUGGACCAUGAAUCAUCAGAUGCUCUUUAUACAGAGGAAGAUUAUUGGUUUGAUUUGGAAAAGCAGACGUAUACGGACAUAAUUAAUAUGCGUAAAGAAGAAAAUGCUCAAUCACAACGAGAUGAAGAAAAAAAAAAAAAAAAAAAGGAUAAAACACAAGAAAUUAUAACUACUAAACAAGAAAAUAUUGAAGUGCCUUCUGAGAAAGUUGAAAAAAAAUUAGAAUUAGAUAAAAUAACAUUUCUCCAUGACAAAAAAUUUUAUGAUAUAUUAGGUGUCGAUAUAAAUGCAGAUAUAAACAAAAUUAAUGAAUCUUAUUAUAAAUUAGCCAAUAAACAUUAUCCAGUAUAUGGAUCAACACUUGAUGAUCUAAAAAAAUUUAAAGAAAUUAAUGAAGCAUACCAGAUUUUAGGAGAUAUUGAUAACAAAAGAAUAUAUAAUCAAUAUGGAUAUAAUGGUAUAAAGAAUUUUAAUUUUAUACACCCAUCCUUGUUUCACUUUUUUUCUUGUUUAAAAAACUAUGAUUAUUAUACUGGAACACCUCAUAUAACAAUUAUUUUGAAAUUUUUAUUUGAAAAAAAAUUAACUAUGGACGACAUAGAAACAAAAUCUCAGUAUAUUAUGCGUGUUAUGAAUGAAUAUCAAAAGGAAAUUGAAGAUAUAUUAUCUUUAAGGUUAAUAGAUAAAAUACAAGGAAAUAUAGAUGGUAUUAAAAAUUGGGACACACUAAUUAUAAGUGAAAUUAAGAAAUUAUUAAAAUCUCAUUUUUCUUUGCCAAUUUUAGAUUCUAUGGCACACAUAUUUACAAAUGUUUCUGAAUGCUAUAAUGGAAACCAAAGAAAAGCAAAAAAGAAAAUUGAAAAAAGAUUCAAAAAAAAUAAAUUAAAAUCUUCAUGUGCUUACAAUGAAUUACGAUAUACACUUAGAGAAUAUUUCAAAACUAGAAAACAAGUGAGUUCAUUAUCUUAUACCUUACAAAAUAAAAAUAAUAAUAUAAAAUAUAAGCAAAAUAAGUGGUAUAAACAUAUUACUGAUUUAGACGAUCGAAAUAAGAACAAAAUAUUAUGUUCAUUUGUUAAGAACAUUCUAAAAAUAGCUUUAUCUGAUAUAGAGUAUACAAUCAGAACCGUCUGUGAACGUAUAUUAAAAGAAGAAGGAAUAGAUGAAAUAACUAUAAAAAAGAGGGCUGAAUCAUUGAAUAAAUUAGGGUAUAUCAUUAGACAAAAUAUAUUAAGAUAUCACGAUAUUAAAAAAAUUAUAAAAAAUGAUACUCGAAACAUUGCUGCAAAUAUUGUCACAGAAAUAAACACAAUAAAUGAACUAUUAAAAUGA